UUUGGGAAUAUGAUCUACAAAGAGAAGAGAGAGUCUGUUAGUAAAGAAGAUCUUGCAAGAGCCAUAUUGGUCACCAUCACCAAUAACAUUGGGUCUAUUGCCCGGAUGUGUGCAGUAAAUGAGAAAAUAAACAGAGUUGUGUUUGUUGGCAAUUUUUUACGUGUGAAUACUUUGUCAAUGAAGCUUCUUGCAUAUGCACUGGAUUACUGGUCAAAAGGCCAGCUGAAGGCCUUGUUCUUAGAACAUGAGGGAUACUUUGGAGCUGUUGGUGCUCUUCUUGGGCUGCCAAAUUUCAGUUGAGAAACCAGAUGUCACUACACUGAACUAUUUUCCACCUGAAAGACACUUGUUCAUGGCAAUGGGAACUAAAUCUGGGGAGGGGAGAAGAAAACAGCAGAUUUUCUCUUAACUGUUUUUAAGAAGUGAUUAGCUACUGAAUAUUGCCAUUAAAGGGAGGGGUUUUCAUUCUGUUGGGCAUUGAAAAUUGAACUGUUCGGGGAUAUUGUUUAUGUUCUUUGGUACAUGUAG